UUCUUUAUCUCCUAUAUGUUCCUCGUUGGCUUUUUCUUACCUAUUUUAUUAAUUACUGUUUUUUAUGCUUUAAUGAUGAAAAGAUUAUUUAAAAGAUCUCGAUCACUUUCUAGUUCGAAGCUCCCAGUUAAUCGGAUUGCCGGGUAUACUAUAGCUAUUUCUGUAUUUUUUGUUUUAUGUUGGAGUCCAUAUUGGAUUAGUAUGCUUUAUUUUAAUUUUGUUCAUUGGGAAAGUGAAGACAAUGAAAAACAAAGUGAAGAUAUUUUUAGUUCUGAUAAAUUUAUUUACAUAAUGUAUGGUGUCCAUGCCCUCCCUUAUGUCAAUUCUGCCUCUAACUGGCUUCUUUAUGGCCUUUUAAAUAGUCAAUUAAUGCGUCGUGCUAAAUAUACAAGUGAAACUUUUUACAAUAAUACAACUGGAAUGCCAGAAAAUGGUUUUGGAAGUAUUCACAGAAAUUUUAAUGGAAAUACAACAACACCCCCUCCCCCUUCACAAAUAAGAAUUGAAUCUUCCAGAAAUUCUAGUUUAGCUGUUACAUCUAAAUUAAAUGGAAAUGGUAGAUGUAAUUCAACAUUAUCAACUCCUUUAUUUGGUGGGGGUAAUAGGAAAGGAAGCAAACAAGUUAGAAAAUCAACAAUUAAUGGACAAAUAAUUUGUCACGAGAAUGGAAGUGCUUUCUCUCCCAGUUUAAGCAGUCAACGUUCAAUUUCUUCAGUAUCAGCACCGUUAAGAACAAUUACUUUUAGUUCAAUUAGACAACCAAAUAAUUUAAAUAAUAAUUUAAAUAAUGAAGAAAAAGAAUCGAGACAAAGAUUAUUAAGUCAAGAAGUUAAUAAUGAUAUUUUACUUUAAAUAAAGAGAGGGCUAUAGUUAGUCUAUUAUUAUUAACAUACCUUUGAGGGAGAGUAAGUUCUCCGAUCUAGAAAUGGUCGGAUUACGCGAUUCUGAAACCCGAUCAAAGAAUUUUAAAGCCCAACCCGACUUUUUCUCAACUCGAAACAGAUCUGAUAUAG